CUUGAUCUGCCCUCCUCCUCCUCCUCGUUGCCCCGUUGAGGAAUUUUGCUCAGCUGGGAAGAAGCGCCGGGGAAACUCCGCAAUAGCAACCGCAAUCCCUUCUCCUGCUUGGCUCCAGUCAUCUGCCUUGCUGUCACUUGAACUGGCCAGCAAAGUUGAAGAAGGACUUUUUAUAUAUAUAUAAUAGCCCUUUCUGGAAAAUGGCUGAGUCUUUCCUCACCGGUCAUGUCAUUUGAAGGGUGACCUUGUUAGUGGAAGGUCGAGACAUGGCUAACAAUACUUGGGAGAGCAGAGAGCUGAGCACCGACGCCACCAGCCUUGGACUCGACCAAGCCUGCGUCCGUGAGAACGCUACCAAGGUCAACUUGACGUCCCAAGAAUUUCAGUCUCCAGACUUCUACGUGGUCCUCCCGGUGAUCUACUCGGUGAUCUGUGCGGUGGGUCUAACCGGCAACACAGCGGUCAUCUACGUGAUCCUGAAGGCUCCCAAAAUGAAGACGGUCACCAACAUGUUCAUCCUGAACUUAGCCAUUGCCGAUGACCUCUUCACCCUGGUCUUGCCCAUCAACAUUGCCGAACAUCUGUUGCACUAUUGGCCCUUCGGAGCGGUCCUUUGCAAGAUCAUCCUCUCCGUUGACCAUUACAACAUCUUCUCUAGCAUUUAUUUCCUCACCGUGAUGAGCAUUGACCGGUACCUGGUUGUGCUAUCGACUGUCCGGUCCAAGAGGAUGCCACACCGCACUUACCGGGCGGCCCGUAUCAUCAGCUUCGGCGUUUGGAUCCUGGUCACCCUUAUUGUGUUCCCUUUCUUCAUCUUUGCCAACGUCUACAAGGACGACUUGAACAUCACCAGCUGUGGACUCAAUUUCCCCAAACCAGAAAGAUCCUGGUUCAAAGCCAGCCGGAUCUAUACCCUCUUCUUGGGCUUUGCCAUUCCAGUCUCCACCAUCUGUGUCCUUUACACCAUGAUGCUGUACAAUCUGAGGCACAUGAGCUUAAACUCCAAUGCCAAAGCUUUGGACAAAGCUAAAAAGAAAGUCACCGUCAUGGUCUUUGUCGUUUUGGCGGUCUGCCUCUUCUGCUGGACGCCCUUCCACCUGGCCACCAUUGUGGCUUUGACCACGGACUUGCCCCAGACCCCGGCGGUCAUCGGCAUCUCCUAUUUCAUCACCAGCCUGAGCUAUGCCAACUCUUGCUUGAAUCCUUUCUUGUACGCCUUCCUGGAUGACAGCUUUCAGAAAAGUUUCAGGAAGAUGUUAGAAUGCAGAGCGGCUUGAGGCAAAACCCCAGAUUCCUGACCCAAUGUUAGGUUUAGACCAGGGGUAGGCAACCGUGGCUCUUUUAUGACCCGUGGACUUCAACUCCCAGAAUUCCUGAGCCAGCCAUGCUGAGGGGAAAGGGAGAG